AUGUCGCUAGACGAAUUGCAUAUCAUUGGCUUCAACUUGGGCGCACAUGUUGCUGGAUUUGCUGGCAAAAAAGUCAACGGCCAGCCUGUGGUCAAGUACUACUUGUACACCAAGCGCAAUCCAAAGCGUGGGCAACAAUUUAGUGCCAGCACUACGAAUAUUAAAAGUACCAAUUUCAAUGUAAACAAUCCCACAAGAUUUGUCAUACAUGGCUGGAACCAAAGAUACACGGAUAGAGUUAUCGUUGACAUAUGCAAGGCUUGGCUAAGUCGUGGUGAUCACAAUGUUAUCAUUGUUGACUGGGCUCAUGCUCGUACUAUUAACUACAGGAAAGCCACUAGGGCAGUGCCAAAAGUCGGCAAAGCAGUCGCUAGUUUGAUUAAUUUUCUUAAGGUCGAGCUAAAAAUGUCUUUGGAGCAGGUGCAUAUUAUUGGCUUCAGCUUGGGCGCUCAUGUUGCUGGCUUUGCCGGCAAGAACAACGAUGAUAAGGUCCAGGUUAUUAUGGGCUUGGAUCCCGCUCUUCCGUUUUUCUCCUGGGACACACCCAGCGAGCGUCUUUGUCAAAAUGACGCAUUUUACGUGGAGUCCAUUCAUACAAGCGGUGGUAAGUUGAGUUUUCUAAAGCCGAUUGGAGACGCAGCUUUCUAUCCCAAUGGCGGCAAAAAGCAGCCCAACUGCGAUUUUGAUCUGACUGGCAGCUGCUCCCACAGCCGUGCGGCCAAGUACUACGCCGAGGCAGUGGAAGAUGGAGCCUUUCCAGCAAUGAAAUGCGAUGACUACGAGUCUGCUGUGAACAACGAUUGUGGCGCCGCAUACGGUGAUAUUUCGAUGGGAGCUGACGACAAUGAUAAGAAGGCUGAGGGUCAAUUUUAUGUGCCUAUAGUAUAA